AUGCCCUACGCCACGGCGCUGACCUGCCUGGAGGAGGGGCGCCUGGAGCCGGUGCACCAGAACUCCCUGCGCUUUUACGGCGACGUGGCCUACGACGCCACCUACAACGGCCUGGCCGAGGACCCGGCCGAGGGCGAGCGCAUUGCCGAAGCCCUGGGCGACAAGCGGGUGCUCUUCAUGGGCAACCACGGCGUCCUGGUCGUGGGGGACUCCAUCGCCAGGGCCUUCGACGACCUCUACUACCUGGAGCAGGCCUGCCGGGUGCAGGUCCUGGCCAUGUCGACCGGACGUCCGCUGAAGCGGGUGAGCGACAACGUGGCGGCCAGCACCAAGGCGGAGUUCGGCGCCGGCGGCGCCUACCCGGAGCCGCACUUCAACGCCCUCAAGCGGCUGCUCGACCAUGAAGACCCGAGCUACGCCGAUUAG